AUGUCCAUAGCAAGUUACGCCCAAGAGUUAAAGCUAGCCCUACAUCAAUAUCCAAACUUUCCAAGUGAGGGUAUUCUAUUUGAAGAUUUCUUGCCUAUCUUCAGAAAUCCAGGCCUUUUCAAGAAACUAGUGGAUGCUUUCAAGCUGCAUUUGGAAGAAGCGUUCCCAGAAACUAAAAUCGACUACAUCAUUGGUCUGGAAUCCCGUGGGUUCUUGUUUGGCCCAACUCUAGCCAUGGCUUUAGGUGUCGGUUUCGUUCCAGUUAGAAAGGCAGGUAAACUGCCUGGUGAGUGUGCCCAGGCCUCGUACGAAAAGGAAUACGGUACUGACGUUUUCGAAAUGCAGAAAAACGCAAUUCCAGUAGGUUCCAACGUUGUUAUCGUCGAUGACAUCAUCGCCACUGGUGGCUCCGCAGUUGCUGCUGGUGAAUUGGUUGACCAAAUUGGUGCUAACAUUUUGGAAUACGACUUCGUCAUGGAAUUGGAUUUCUUGAAGGGUAGAGAUAAGUUGAAUGCCCCAGUGUUCACUCUAUUGAACGCUCAACAGGAGGCUUUGAAGAAAUGA